CCCCACUUUAAACUUUAUAAAACCCCACAUCAUCCCUAAAUCCUCAUCAAGUCCUUCACCACUUUCAUUGCCUUUCUUUCAACCCCAUCUCUUAUUCUCUCAUUUCUCCCAAUAAUCUGUUGUACUACCCAAAUCAUUCAUUUCUUCCCAUCCACAAAAAGCACAUAAAAAAAAUGUGUUCCCCUAAAUUGAAAUGGCAGAGGGAGACUAAUGCUACCCUGACAAUUGCUCAAAUCAAUGGACGUCCUGUCCUUCAGCCAACUUGCAACCAAGUUUCUAGCUUAGAAAGACGCAAUUCAGUUAAGAAGACUUCCCCAAAAAAAAUCCCUUCUCCACCAUCUAUUCCUUCACCAACUGAAACAGCUAAUCCUAAAACAAAGCCUUUUUCAUUGUCCCCGCCUAUCUCACCCAACUUAAAAUCACCUAGACCACCGGCGCUUAAGAGAAACAAUGAUCUUGAUGGGCUGAAUUCUAGAGCUGAGAAGGUCUUGACACCACAAUGCUUGACUAAGCAGGCAAGUUUGAUAAAAAAGUCGAAAAAAUCUGGUGGGGUUGCAGCUGCACCUUCUGUUGACACCUUCCAAUUGAAAUAUUGUUCCUCCGUGAUAAUUGAGACCCCAGGAAGCAUAGCAGAGGCCAGGAGGGAACAUGUUGCAAUGAUGCAACAACAACGAAAGAUACGAAUUGCCCAUUAUGGAAGAACAAAAUCUGCCAAGUAUGAAGGGAAGGUAGCUCCUCUUGAUUCAUUGAGUGGUCAGGAAGAAAAGAGAUGUACUUUCAUCACACCUAAUUCAGAUCCUAUCUAUGUUGCUUAUCACGAUGAAGAAUGGGGAGUUCCUGUCCAUGAUGAUAAGCUGUUGUUUGAAUUGCUAGCGUUGACUGCUGCACAAGUUGGAUCAGAUUGGACUUCAGUCUUGAAGAAACGGCAAUUGUUUAGGGAUGCUUUUUCAGGUUUUGAUGCAGAAAUUGUUGCCAAAUUCAUUGAAAAGGAGAUAACUUCAGUUAGUGCUAAGUAUGGCAUAGACUUAAGCCAAGUUCGAGGAGUUGUUGACAACUCCAAUCGUAUUCUUCAGAUUAAGAGAGAAUUUGGGUCAUUUGACAAGUAUUUGUGGGGAUUUGUGAACCACAAGCCGAUUUCCACUCAAUACAAAUCAUGCCACAAGAUCCCUGUGAAGACCUCAAAAUCAGAAACCAUAAGCAAAGACAUGGUGAAGAGGGGUUUUAGGUCGGUUGGCCCUAUUGUCAUCCACUCACUAAUGCAAGCCGCUGGCCUCACCAAUGACCACUUGAUCACUUGUCAGAGACACCACACCUCCAAUGCGCCGCCGAUUGUCCUGCAGUAACCGCCGCCUUAUAGAAUCACAUGACAAAAUGAAAAAUUAAUCAAGCAUAAGCAAUAGUAGAUGAUUUUCUAACCAAAGACAUUUGCUUUUCGUAUUUUAGUUGUGUGUAGUGGGAUAUAAUAUAAUAAAAGUAGUUUUGAAGGCAGAGAUCGAUAGGAUGAGAUGAUUAGAGAGAAGAAUAAAGGCAAUUGAGAGAAGAAUCAGAGGGACAGACAGCAUGUGCAGGAGGGCAGGCAAUGGCAUGUGUGCGAUGUGGUGUCAAUGACUCUCACUACUUCUGACCACCACCACAUCCCACCUUUUCCUUCCUUUUAUCAGGCUGUAAAGGAUAAUCAGAGCAGGACAGGUGGCCCAGCCCGCGUAUCUUCUCCUUUCCUUAGACUGGAUAAGAAUUAUUAAUUCUGCUCCAAGGCUACAGUGUUUUGUUCAGAUCAGUCAAUCAUACCAUUGUCUUUUUUCCUUAGUUAUCAUCUGUAAGGAUCAUAAACAAGUCUGCUGUAAACUUCACUGUCUGAGUGUUUUUCUUCUUCCUUGUACUGAAUAAACAGGUUUGAACUAAUGUCAAACAUAUUCUCCA